AUGGUCAUCCCAAAUGUCUCCUUCUCCUCCCCUGCUUCUUCCCAUCCUUGGAAUCAUGACGUGUUUUUGAGUUUCAAAGGGGAAAAUACCCACAAUACCUUUAUCGGUCAUCUACAUCACGCUCUCAUUGAAAAGGGGCUCAAAACCUUCAGAGAUGACAUGGAUCUUCAGAAGCGAGACGAAAUCUCUCUAGCACUUUUGGAAGCUAUCGAACAAUCUAAAAUUUUCAUCCUUGUCUUUUCUAAGAACUAUACCACUUCCACGUGGUGCUUAGAUGAACUCAUCAAGAUUCUCGAGUGUCAGAAAUUGAUUGGCCAAAUUGUUCGACCCAUUUUCUACGAUGUGGAUCCUUUAGAUGUGCGGAAACAGUUGGAGAAGUGA